AUGGUCACCACCUACUCGUGCAUCAACACCGAAACCGUGACACGCCCCGCGACGAUGGGCCGUAACGAAGUUGAAACCCAUAUCGGCGUGGUCACCUUGAACCGCCCCGAGGUUCUGAACGCCCUCAAUCUUCAGCUCGUGCGCGAGCUGGACCAGGCGAUCACCGAUUAUGAAGCGGACGACAGCGUCGGCGCGGUUAUCAUUACCGGGGCCGGUGAACGCGCUUUUUCCGCGGGGGCGGACAUCCACGAGAACCGGGAGUUGUCACCCGAGGAUCGCGAAGCCGGGCAGGGCGAACGGGCCGGAUACACCUGGCACCUCCACACCAGCCGCAAGCCCGUCAUCGGCGCGGUGAACGGACUCUGCUACGGCGGCGGCACCGUCCUGGCCACCAGCCUGGACUUCCUGGUCGGUUGCGAAAAGUCCAGUUUCCGUUUCCUCGCGGUCAACUACGGCCAGAUGAACGCAACGUGGAGCCUCCCGCAGUUGGUCGGUAUUCACCGGCCAAGGAACUGCUCCUCAGCGGCCGGGAGGUUUUCGCCGACGAGGCCUAUCACAUGGGCCUCAUCAACCACCUGGUUCCCUCCGAAGAACUCAUGGAUCGCACGCUGGACAUCGCGGCCGGGAAUCGCCCGCAACCGCGUCGACGGCCUGGCCAACAUCAAGCAGUUGCUGCUGGAACAUUCCGGGCUGCCCAUCGAACAGCAAUACCGCAACGAGAUUGAGGGCCGCACCGGCCGCUUCAAGGGCCUCACGGUGGAGGAAGGGUUCUCCGACUUCCUGGAGCGCAAGGGCCGUAAGCCGCAAUCCGCCUGA